UGGUGUUAAUAUAUUGGUACGAUUGGCAAUUGUUUCCGAGAUCAUUAGUACGAGUUUUUGAUAACUGAUGAAGCACUGCUGUACGAGUCCACAAGAUCACAGCAGAUCUGCUUUCCAUGUGAAGCUUUCAUCACUUUAACUUGUAUAUUAUUCUACUAUAUGCAGGGCUCACAAACCAUAUACAAUAUUUUCCGGACAAUAAUUUGAACCUGGCACAAGUAACCUCCCCCUCUUUUCACAAGUCAGCAACUAUCACAAGUGUGCACAGAAGUUAGUUCCUGUACUUAAAAGAUCACAAAUUGUCAUACAGUUCUGAACCACGUGCAAGAACACAUGUAUGCAAUGCAAACUGUGUGCCUUCCAGUGGUCAAUGGGUCUUAGCGCAUGCCAUUGUGCUUGCUAUGAAUGCUGCUUUUGUCACCGUACCCUGUUAGCAUCGCAUAUAGUAAUUGCUUCGAUUGGUGUUGACAGCCAGGACGAAACUUAUACUGAGAGAGGCAUGCCUGAUAAUCAGAUCGUGGUAUUGGCAUGUAAAAACCCAAAUUUGUUUUAUUUGUUCUUGUUUCGAGACAAACCAAGUGCCCUUGAAAUGCUGCAUGCAAUGCUUUGACCUCGGGCAAUCCAUUGCAUUACUGCAAAUAUUACUCAAUAUUUGAAAAGUCUAGUAGAUGAUCCAUCUCAAACUGAAUUACUUGCACGUUCACUAUUUGUUUUUUACAUUUAAGUCUUCUCUUACCCCUGCUGAAAACGCUGCGUUGCCCUGAAAGCGUGAAAAUACCACACCUUUGCGCAGUUCGCGUAGCCAGGUUUCAGGCAAGUUGAAUUGUAGCUAAAUGGUGUAAAUGGUGUAGUAGAACCACCACUAAGCAUGUGUUGGAAGUCCAGUGCUUAAGUUAGAAUAAACUACCCGGUUAUCUUUUUCCACAGCUACAAGUAAACAAAAGCUGAAGCGGCCUUCAAGUGUCAAGUGUGGAAAAAGAUGUCUUGCGGCAAUGGCUGUGACUGAAGACAACACAGGUGUGUAUGUGGUUUUCCAAUUCAAGCACAGAGGCCACGACUUUGAACUGGGUCGUGUUUUUCUGUCGAAGUCGGAAAGAGCUGCUAUUGCUGACAAGCUGCGAGAAGGCGUGUCCAUGGAUGCAGUACUGGAUAAUGUGCGGUCCAACAUGGAUGAGACAUUCCACCGCAUUAACCUUUUAAGCAAGCAGGAUCUCCGCAAUAUAAUGAGGGAUGCCAGAGUCUCGAAGACCGAGCGGCUGCGCGAUAAUGACUAUGUGAGCGUGCAACUCUGGGUUGAGAGGAUGCAUAGUGAAAGGAAAACCCAUUGCUCUUCUUUAAACACCAAGGACAACCUGACAAAAAGUGACGUUUUUUUAGAGAAAAAAAUGAGGACUUUUUGGAUGACAGAGAUUUUAUGCUAGUCAUCAUGACCACACCACAACAGGAGCUUUUCAGGAGGCUUGGAACUGAUCGUAUAUGUGUCGAUGGAACACAUGGAACAGCAGGUGAGCAGUACUAUAUAAAUGCAUUAAUAAUAAAAGCAAGAAAGAGGGAAUGCUGUCCGAGAAUAAUUGCAAUAGAUAUGAUGAGUAGUAUUCCUUCACACAUGAUAUUUCUCUUAAUUUUUCA